UGUCAGAGUGGGAGUUUUAUCCAUCGAAAAUGGCUGACGACGCAGCAGUAUGUAAUCCAAAAAUCUCCAUUGACUCGUGAUAAACAAUUACCCCAGGGCACAAAGACUCAUCUGCCCCCAAAGUUCACCCCUCCCCCAGUGCACAGAAAACCCUUAAAAACAAUGAUAACCCCGAGUAAAUAACAAGAAAAGAAAAGCCCUUGUGAUUCCUCGAGUUCCGUCUGUCAAGGCAAGCACGAACGAGUCUCAACCCGUUCUGACAUGUCGUGUCACAACUUCCUCUGACGAAUACCUCACCCCCAGUGCAAUUGCCAAUGCCACAGUGGAAGUGGUGUAAUUAUCAACGAAUUACCCGCAAAUAAUCCAUGACUCUUGUUAAAAAUUGAGUGAAAAAAAAAACGGAGUGAAUGGAAAGGAGUAAAUAAAAACACCGUCACACCUCGACUAUUUUUCACGACUCAAAGAGUACGCAAUAUGAUAACUUUCACUUCCCCUCGUAUUUCAUUAUCAAUAAACGGUACGUCGAGUGCUCGGUGGAUUGUUCGUCUAUCCAGUGAUUUCUUUAUGCGUGGAGAAUUCACACGAUCUUGGGAAACGAUUGAAUAAGACAUUUGAGCAAACACGCGUGACUCAUUUCCCCGCCCCAGCGAUAAAAAGUUGCAUCUCACUUGUUUCAUUAAAUUCAGUACAGUUGGUCCUUGUCUUGAACGCUCGAUUGCCAGAUUAAGAAGACAUGCUAACGGGGCAAACGAGUCUGUGCGUCAGUCAACCAGCAGAUAAAUUGAGUGUCCCAAUAAUAAUAAAGUUCAAACAAGUGGAAUUAAAAUGAAGAGAAAUAGACAUUAGGCGAGUGACACAUUAUUGACUGGUUGGUCAUACGAGGAGUCAUUUAAUCACUCCGAAUAAUCGGUUGGAGUGAAUGAUAGAGAAACUUGUGAGUGAUAAAAUGCCUGUGAGGUUGGGUAAUUAUGGGACAGCAUUUAGCUAGCUUCCGAGAAUUCUUCAGAAUGAACAAACAAGCGGAAGCAUGCAAUAUCGAUUGUAAUAGUCCGAAUAUCAACGACAUGGGAAAUAAUGAGGUUGAUAAUCACGAUAAUGAGAAUAAUGGUAAUCAAAAUGGGCAUGGUACAUUGUCGAACGAGGAUAAUAAGCAAAAUCGAAAUAUUGACAACGAACAAUUGAAUUUAUCGUUGGAUAAUCAUAAUGCUAGAUUUGAAACUAUUUAUAGUCAACCUAUUGAGUCCCAGGAGCAAGGCAAGAUUUGUAGCAAUGGAAAUUUUGGUGGUGCUUAUGAGGCCGAUUUGAAGCAACAGGAGCCAGGCUGCAGUAGUUCUGGGGGAAGUGAUAGUAGUAGUAGUGCUGAGGAUAGUCCUGGUAAUCCUGUUUUGAGGAGAACCUCCAAGACACUUUCCUUUGGCAAGAGAAAAAGUAAACAACGUGAUAAAGAUCAAAAUCCAGUGUGCAAUCAUGCGUUAUCUUCCAAGAAGAAACGAACGAAUUGGGUCCUAAAAUUCAAUUGCGCCAAGAAUAAAGGAUCAAAAAAUACUGAUAUACCAGAGCAAUCGAAUAACAGUUCAGAGUGCGUUUGUACGGGCUACAGGAGAACAGAGGAGCAUCCCAUGGGUGCUGGUGUUGUAUUCAACAACAGAUCAGCACCCCAGAGUCCUGAAUUGGGACCCCUACCACCUAGUCCUGUUAUCGAUUUAUCGAGAUUUAAUCCCGCUGAAUUCCCAAUGGAGGACUGCGAUGAAAGAGCGAGACAGGAGAGAGCUAAAGAGAUGGAGGAGGGGGUGGAGCCGCCACCCGGUUAUCGGCCUAAUUAUUCAUCAGCAAUUCAAGUCUAUCCCAAUGGCAUCACUGUUGAUAGUCUAGCUGCGUUAUUCCAGACACAUGCUGGCAUCCACGCAGCUGCUCUCACUGCGUUAUCGCAGAUUGAUUUUACUUUUGUUCCCAGAAUUGAAAUACCGGCUCAUACUCAGGUCGAUUACGUUCACUGCCUAGUGCCAGAUUUGCGUUCAAUAACGGCCUGUUCGUGUUACUGGGGUAAAAUGGAUCGUUACGAAGCUGAAAGUCUCUUAGAUGGCAAACAAGAGGGAACAUUUCUUCUUCGAGAUUCAGCCCAGGAGGAAUUCCUCUUCUCCGUGAGCUUCCGAAAAUACGGAAGAUCUCUUCACGCGAGAGUAGAGCAGUGGAAUCACAAAUUCAGUUUUGAUGCCCACGAUCCCGGUGUCUACGCCUCUGAAACGGUUUGUGGAUUAAUUGAACAUUACAAGGAUCCAUCGUGCUGUAUGUUCUUCGAGCCAAUGCUCACGAUUCCACUGCAUCGGAAUUUCGCAUUUCCCCUUCAACAUCUCUGUCGCGCUGUCAUCACAACGAGAACAACGUACGAUGGCAUUAACAAGUUACAGCUGCCAAAGACACUUAAAACUUAUCUCAAAGAGUAUCAUUACAAGCAGAGGGUACGUGUGAGACGAUUGGACAGUGAGAAUGAUAUUAUGAUGGACAGUAGAUCCGUAUCUUAUUUACCAGUGAUUUGAAUUGCAUCGAGUUUUCGUCGUGCGUCGAAUAUUUUAUUGAAUAAUGAUUUUAGGAGGGAAAUAAAGGAACGCCUAUUGACUCGUUAGUUUAGUGGGAAUAUCUGGGGGCUCAGGAUGAUUAUCACAUUUUUGAUACUUUGAAAACUUUCACUCGAGUUUUAUCCCAGCAUCACCCAUUAUCAAGAUAAUCACGAAACUAACGAGAUCUUGUUUUGGAGGAGUUUUUGUUGAAUAAAUUUAAAUAAAAUGGAUCCAUUCAGUUGGUUUUCCCAUUUUCUCACUACUCAUGAGAAUUCAUCCUAAAGAGUACAUUAUCGUCAUCCUGGCAGUCUUAUUAUUGAUGUAACAUCGAAGAGAGAAUUGUUUUGUUUGAAGAGUUGAUAACCAGGAAUUUGUAAAAGUUUAUUUGCAUUCUAGAAUGGAUGACAGCUUGUAGAUGAUAAGGAUUAUUAACAGUCUCCAGACAGUAUUGGAAGAUAGUAAAGGGUACCCAUAUGUUAAUCACAAUUUUUGCAAUUAAUCAAUGAUUUACAUCGAUUGAGGGUGAAUUUAUUGCAGAAAAAUAAUGAGAAGAGCUUUACUCAAUAACGUGAUUUUACUUUCAACAGCGUCAUGCUCAUGAUUAAUGAUUAUUUAAUGCGUAAAAAUGUGAAAAUAACUCUUCCCACGCUCGCGGUAUCAACGUGAUGCAUUUAUUAUUACUCCUAUCGUGCCUACUUAUAUUAUCAAUAAUCAUGUAUGAUGUGAAUGUAAUUUUAAUUGAUUAACUCAUUUGUUGAAAGGUGAGUGAUUUCUUUUCGGUGAAAAUAAUUCAAGUAUAAAUUGAAAUUUCGAUCAUCCAAAUUUCAUUCAGGUUUAGGGAAAAAUUAACUCAUGUGAAUUAAAAAAGGAAAGAGUUUUUAUUUUUAUCGAUAAAAAUUAAAAGUAAAAAAUUAAUUAGGGAAAUUUAAGCAGUAGCCUAAGGGUUGGGAAAUUGGCAGCUAAUUAGGGGUAAAUAAUCGAGGAAAAGACGGAGAAAAAUCAAAUUUUUUAGAGAAAAGAAUAAUUGGUUUCUGUCUUCUGUCGUUGAUUAUUCAAAAUGAUUGUGUAAUGUGGAUGAAGAUUCAAUAUUUAUUGAUCAUAUAUUCAUGACACUCGGACCAAGGCUUUUAUUUGUGUUGGAUCCAUUAUGGGAGCCACUUUAGUCUCGAUAAUAAUGACUCAAAUAAAUAAACACAAAGUGAAA